AUUUAAAUGGUGUGAGCAAAGUGAACGUACACAAUUUUGAUUUUGUCAUUUUUGUGCGACAACAUAAACAAAUCAGAAAACAGAAACCGAUCGAAAUAUUCAAUUUGCAAAUUUGAAUUCAAUUUUAUCGACAAAAUGGUUCUCGUUCCCAUAAACAUCGUGGACGACUCGACUGAAAAUAAGAAAACAAUAGCCCCGGCAUACGAUCCCCAAGCUCCCAUCACUAGACGCGGAGUGCUGCCAUCAUUUUGUAAUCCCGGACGAACGGUUGAAAUUCGGGAUGAAGACUUGCUCGGACGGUGUCGUUUAGUCACGGAAUUCGAAAAACUGAAUCGAAUCGGCGAAGGGACGUAUGGGAUUGUUUAUCGUGCCAGGGACACAUCAAACAACGAAAUCGUAGCCCUUAAAAAAGUCAGAAUGGACCAGGAAAAAGACGGCCUGCCGGUGUCUGGACUUCGUGAAAUUCACAUCCUGAUGAAGUGUUCACACGAAAACAUUGUCAGACUGAAGGAAGUGGUCGUGGGACGGAGUCUGGAAAGCAUAUUUCUGGCAAUGGAAUACUGUGAACAGGACCUUGCAUCACUGCUCGAUAAUAUGACCACACCGUUUUCCGAGUCGCAGGUGAAAUGCAUCGUUUUGCAAGUCCUCAAGGGGCUCAAGUACUUGCAUUCGAAUUUCAUUGUUCAUCGGGACUUGAAAGUAUCAAAUUUACUGCUCACAGAAAGAACGGGGGCCGUAAAAAUUGCUGAUUUCGGUUUGGCAAGAUAUUUCGGCGUUCCACCAAAGCCUAUGACUCCACAUGUGGUUACACUUUGGUACCGAGCUCCAGAAUUACUGCUCGGUUCAACCAGUCACAAUACUCCGAUUGAUAUGUGGGCCGUUGGAUGUAUACUGGGCGAACUGCUGGGGCACAAACCGCUGCUGCCAGGAACAUCAGAGAUUUCACAACUGGAGCUAAUCAUCGAUCUUUUAGGAACUCCAUCAGAAAACAUUUGGCCAGAAUUUUCCAAACUUCCGGCCAUGCAAAAUUUCUCCCUGAAACAACAACCGUACAACAAUCUGAAACCUCGAUUUUCGUGGCUCUCAGUUACUGGUCUACGUUUGCUAAAUUUCCUCUUCAUGUACGAUCCGAAGAAACGAGCGACGGCCGAGGAAUGCCUGCAAAGCAGCUAUUUCAAAGAGCCACCGUUACCGUGCGAUCCGAAAUUAAUGCCCACCUUUCCCCAUCAUCGCAAUUUGAAGACACAAACGUCAGCCAAUGCCCAGACAACAUCUACGGCUGAUAUGUCGAUUUCGGAUUUGCUCGGAUCGUUGGUUAAAAAGCGACGGGUUGAGUGACGCUGUUGAAAUGAAUUUUUGAUAAACGAAAGUGUUUGAGGAGCCAAUAUAAGAACGAAUGUCGUCAACAAUAAACGGAAUAAAAAUGUGGAGUCUGAGACGAAUGCCUUGCACAAGA